UCCCAUCUAAGAUAACCUUUUUUUCCUUAAAAUUUAAAGAGUUCAAUUUUAUCAGCAAAAGAGUUAUAAUCAAACCGAGAAUUAACAACAUGAUUGUUGUGGGUUUUAGAAGUUGUAGUUUGAUUGAUCCUUGAAGGAUUUGGUGGCUUGGGCUCGACAUACACAGCUCCCUGAGCUGCGGUCUGUUGGCUCAAUGUGGCCUUUAGUUUUUGGCCGUGUCCCGCCUCUUCCAUUGCUUCCUGAAAACAAUCUCAAAGAGCAAGUGAAAGUAUGAGAAGUUAUGGUAGAACCAAAAUAAGACAAAUGCAAUGAUGCAAUUUAACUAAACCGAGAAAAUAUGCAAAUAUGAACCAAUAUGAAAUAACUAUGCAAUAAAUAAUUUUUCUUUUGGUUUUCUGAAUUUAAACUCGAAAUUAAACUAUAUGAUAUGAUAAGAAACACAAAUGGAAAGAAAAUAUGGAAAUUAAACUAACACUGAUUUUUUUUUGAAUUUUCUUUAGAUGCAACAAUUAAACCAACAAUAUGCAAACAGUAAUAACUAUGCCCUUAAAUAAUUUUUUUUAAUGCAAGCACUAUGAAUACAAUAUGAAAUGAUAAUAAACACUAUGGAAAGAAAUAUGAAAUGCAAAACUAACAAUGAUGAUUUUUUUUUUUUUUGAGUUUUCUUAUGCAAGUAACCGAAAAUGGAAACAAAUAUGUAUGCUUGAACCCAAAAUGAUAUAAACUAAGCUGAAUGAUUUUUAUUUUUGAAUGCCAAUAACAAACUUAUGAAACAAAUAUGGUAUGCACGAAAUUUAAUAAAAUGCUAUGCCUUUUUAUUUUUUUAUUUUUAUGCAUCCAAACAAGAAACAAAUAUGGAAUGCAGAUUUUUUUUUUGACUUUUCUAAAAUGAAUGCACAAAAUCUAAAAAUGGUAAGUGGAGCUGGGGAAUAAAUGCAAACAACCAGGGCCGGCCCUUGGCUAAAGUGGGUAAAGCCCUUGCUUUAGGCGCCAAAAUUAUGUUAUAUAUUUUAGGGACAUUGGUUUAGCUAAAAACGACAGUAUUGUAAUGGUUGGUGCUAUAAUUUGUGUUACGGAAGUUGUGGUUUUGAUUCUAUACUCUUAUAUUUUUAUAGGGUAUAUAUUUUAGUGAUGGAUCUAAAUUUUUUGGGCUUUAGGCGCCACAUGGUGCCGGACCGGACCUGAAAAGAACUAGUCAAGAAUUUCAAAAUAAUUUUGUGUAUAAAAUGCAAGAAACUUCUUCUCUUUUGUUUUCUUUUCUUAAAAACAAUAACAAUGCAAAAACUGUUUAUAUGGAUUUUUUGGUUUAUGAAUGGAAAAACAAAUGCAAGCAAGUACGAAUGAUGCAAGGAUAGAUGGACAUGAUUCAGGAGCUUGAGCUCUGAUACCAAUUGUUGCAGGCUGGAAAUCAGGGAUGGCAAGAUGGUUGAUGGAAGCUUGAUGGAUCGACCAAAAAUAUGAUCGGAUGGGCGAUAUGAUGGAAUGCAAGUUAUGAUCCUGAAAACAAAUGCAAAAACAAAUGAGAUGUGAUUUCUAAUAUGAUAAAACAAGAUAAAUAAAGAUAGAUAAGAUGGAAUUAGGCUGCUGGUCGUAUGACACUCUCAGCCUAAUCAGUUGAUGAUUGAAGUGGAUUGAGAUGGUGCUUUGCUUGCUGGAUGUGUAUCACUCUCAAGCUUGGCAAACGAAUUGGAAUGGAAGGAUGGUGGAUUGAGUACGCCACAAGACUCUAUGGAAAGGAGCCUUGAUAAGUCAAGGUGCUUUGGAGCUGUUUCACAAAAACUCAAAAGACUUAGAAUAAUAGUUUUAAGAAAACUAGAAAACUGAUUAUUUCAUAUAACUUUCAAAAUUGGGAUACUUUACAAUGGACAAACGACCUGAGCUUUAUAGGCUUGACUAAGGGGACUCUAGACAAGACCAAACGGUCAUAAUCAAUAAAAGGAAAGCUAAUAAACUUGAAAAUAAAGUUUGGUCUUCAAUGAAGAUGAUCUUGGAGGAAUAUGGCUGUUGGAAUGAGAUUUGCUUGGCCAUAAAUGGGGAACUUGAUUCUUCUUGAACCUGGACGGUUUGAGAGGAUAUGAAAGCUUCCUGGGAAUCUUCUUGAUGGCUUGAUAUGUGCUGAAGUCGUGCACAACUUGUUUAGGAAGUAGCUGUUGGAGAUUUAUUGCCAAGGACUCCAAAUAUAGCAAGUUGAAGCAAGAGUUAGAGUAGAUCCGCCUGAUCCACUGGGUGCUGGUGUAUUGCAGGAAGUCUUGGACGUCUUCUGGUUGGCUUAGAGUGUCUCCUGGUUUCCAAAAAUAGGUUUGGGUCGGACCAAAUCGAAUUGGUUGAGAGCUUUCCAUAAACAAUGUCGGUUUGGCCAGUUUUGGGAAAUUGAGCAACCCAAGUAGAACUUCUGGUUGGAUUGGAUUUCUGGAUUGGUUCAUCUUGAUAUGGAAUCCUAAAAGGCCCUCCUUAACAUAAAAAAUGGCCUCAGUCGAAGCCUCUUCAUGGUUGGACUUGUAUGGACCGAAAUGUGACUGAUCUGCUCCAAUGGAUGUUGAGAAGAUGGCUUGACUUGUAAAAUCCAUAACUUUCUUUUCCGUGAAGAUAUUGUUGAAAUUCCAAGCCACAAUGACUCCAUAUUGAGUUAGAUCGCUUUUAAAAUUGGAUUCAUGGAAAAAUUCCAUCUGGUCGUUGAGAUAUUCUCUUUGGACUGAACCUCUGUCGCUGGCAUCUCCAAGGUGGCCGGUUUGGACAGCUUGGUUGAUCUCUGGCACUGAAAUAUAUCUUGAUAAUUUAAAACAAAAAUCUAAAAAAACAUCUAAUGUUUUACCUUUGAAACCUUAGAGUUUAAUAGUACAUGCUAAAAUAAUGACUUGGAGAAAAUAAUAUUUUGAAUACUCAUGUUGUCGACGAUUUUGUAAAUACGAUCAUUUAUAAAGAAAAUAAUGAGACUGGAUGUAAUCACGAAAAAUAACAAUAUCCUAUGACUAGUAAUAAGUAGAUAAUAACUUAUAACAAUGAUAUAAGGAUGGAGCGUAUAGAUUUGAGUUUUAGAUCGAUCACAAAAGUUCUGGAAAACAAUUGUGCACAUUUUUUAUUUCAUUUUUAACAAUAUUUAGAUUUGGCUUCAAAAUUUUUAACAGAUUACAACCCUUUCAUUUUGGCAUUUAAUAGUUUAAUUCAAAUAUUUGUUUUGUCAGUUCCAGUUUCCGUUCUAAGAAAUUAUAUCUAUAUAAUCUAUAAACUAGUUAUGGUUUAACUAUAGAAUUUGUUUUAGUAGGAAAUUCUUACAACAUAAGGAUACGCGUUAUAGGACAAUUCAUACUCGAUUAAAUUCACAUUCUUAAACCAAAAUUUCUGUAAAAUGAUGGAGCUUGUUAACAUUUACAGAAAAUAAAGAAUAGGUAUAAACAAGGUUUAAAUUCGAUUGGUAGUUUAUUUCUUAACAACAAAAUAACUUAAAACAUCAAUAAUUUAGAAAUAUGUUAUUUUGAUAGUAUUUAGUUUAAAUAAUAAAUAUAUUUUUUUCUAUAAAUUUUCUAAAUAUGUUAGAAAAAACUCUUAUUAACGGUCACAUUUUGUUUAACGUUAAACUGCAUUAAUUAAUUUGUUAUGUUCACUUCAAAAUACGUUUAGUUUGUGUUUGAGUGUUUAAUCUCUUAUAAAUAUGAGACAAAAUUUCAUUUUAAAAUACCAGAUACAAACAUUUUAAUAUAUUAUAUUAAUAACAUUUGCCACUUAUUUUGAAAGCAUUGGCAAAAUGGCUCACACUUCCUCCCGAACUACUAUCGUAUUCAUUGUUGUUGCUUUGGUUUGUGCAUUCGUUCCUGCAUUCUCUGUUGAAGAAGCUGAAGCAAAAUCACCAUGGGAUACAUGUCUUCUUAAAAUCAGUCCAAAAUGUGCGUUGGAUAUAAUUGGUGUUAUCUUCGAAAAUUUAACCAUCACUGAUGCAUGCUGUCAUGAUCUUGUUCAAGAAGGAAGAAUGUGUCACGAUACUCUUAUCAAAUAUAUUGCUAGGAAGCCACAAUUUGUUGCCCACGAAACAGAGUAUUUGACGAAAAGUGAUGCUUUGUGGACUCAUUGUGUCUCAAUUUCUCAAACUGCUUAAUAAUAUGUUAUGCAUGUAUUGUUCUGAUUAACAAAAAUUGUAUUCAACUAUCGUUAAAUUUUCUUUGAUCAAAAAUCGUGGAUCAAACAACAUGCAAUAUAAAACGACCAUCAAGUGAAUCUCAUUCUAAAUGAAUCAAUACAAAUAUUAACUCAACUGAAAAACAAUGCGCUAUCCAUACAAGAUUGUUAAACUAAUAACAAAACAUAUAUGAAUAAUUUCCAAAAAUAUUGCUUAUUUAGUUUGAUUUAACGUAUCUUUAAUUUUAAAAUUUAAUUUUCAUCUAAGAUGUCAAUCAUUAUUUUUACAUACUGAAAAAUAUCUUGAUAAUUUAAAACAAGAAGCUUAAAAAAUAUCUAAUGUUUCCCCUUUGAAACCUUAGAGUUUAAUAGUACAUGCUAAAAUAAUGACUUGGAAAAAACAAUAUUUUGAAUGCUCAUGUUGUCGACGAUUUUGUAAAUACGAUCAUUUAUAAAGAAAAUAAUGAGACCGGUUGUAAUCACACAAAAUAACAAUACCCUAUGACUAGUAAUAAGUAGGUAAUAAAUUAUGCCAAUGAUAUAAGGAUAGAGCGUAUGGAUUUGAGUUUUAGUUCGAUCACAAAAGUUUUGGAAAACAAUUGUGCACAUUUUUUAUUUCAUUUCUUACAAUAUUUAGAUUUGGCUUCAAAAUUUUUAACAGAUUACAACCCUUUAAUUUUGGCAUUUAACAGUUUAAAUCAAAUAUUUGUUUUGUCAGUUCCAGUUCCCGUUCUAAGAAAUUAUAUCUAUAUAAUCUACAAACUAGUAAUGGUUUAGCUAUAGAAUUUGUUUUAGUAGUAAAUUGUUACAAAAUAAGGAUACGCGUUAUAGGACAAUUCAUACUCGAUUAAAUUCACAUUCUUAAACCAAAAUUUCUGUAAAAUGAUGGAGCCUGUUAACAUUUUCAGAAAAUAAAGAAUAGGUGUAAACAAGGGUUAAAUUCGAUUGGUAGUUUAUUUCUUAACAACAAAAUAACUUAAAACAUUAAUAAUUUAGAAAUAUGUUAUUUUGAUAGUACUUAUUUUAAAUAAUAAGUAUAUUUGUUUCUCUAAAUUUUCUAAAUAUGUUAGAGAAAACUCUUAUUAACGGUCACAUUUUAUUUAACGUUAAACUGCAUUAAAUAAUUUGUUAUGUUCACUUGAAAAUACGUUUAGUUUGUGUUUGAGUGUUUAAUCUCUUAUAAAUAUGAGACAAAAUUUCAUUAUAAGAUACCAGUUACAAACAUUUUAAUAUAUUAGAUUAAUAACAUUUGCCACUUAUUUUGAAAGCAUUGGCAAAAUGGCUCACACUUCCUCCCGAACUACUAUCGUAUUCAUUGUUGUUGCUUUGGUUAGUGCAUUCGUUCCUGCAUUCUCUGUAGAAGAAGCUGAAGCAAAAUCACUAUGGGAUACAUGUCUUCUUAAAAUCAGUCCAAAAUGUGCGUUGGAUAUAAUUGGUGUUGUCUUUGAAAAUUUAACCAUCACUGAUGCAUGCUGUCAUGAUCUUGUUCAAGAAGGAAAAAUGUGUCACGAUACUCUUAUCAAAUAUAUUGCUGAGAAGCCACACUUAGUUGCCCACGAAACAGAGUAUUUGACGAAAAGUGACGCUUUGUGGACUCAUUGUGUCUCAAUUUCGCAAACUGCUUAAUAAUAUAUUAUGCAUGUAUUGUUCUGAUUAACAAAAAUUGUAUUCAAAUAUCCUUAAAUUUUCUUGGAUCAAAAAUCGUGGAUCAAACAACAUGCAAUAUAAAAUGAACAUCAAGCGAAUCUCAUUCUAAAUGAAUCAAUACAAAUAUUAACUCAGCUGAAAAACAGUGCGCUAUCCAUACAAAAUUGUUAAACUAAUAACUAAACAUAUAUGAAUAAUUUCAAAAAUAAUUGUUUAAUUCGUUAGAUUUAACGUAUCGUUAAUUUUAAAAUUUAAUUUUAAUCUAAGAUGUCAAUCAUUAUUUUUACAUACUGAAAAAUAUCUUGGUAAUUUAAAACAAGAAGCUUAAAAAAUAUCAAAUGUUUUCCCUUUAAAACCUUAGAGUUUAAUAGUACAUGCUAAAAUAAUGACUUGGGGAAAACAAUAUUUUGAAUGCUCAUGUUGUCGACUAUUUUGAAAAUACAACAGGAUCUAAUCACAAAAAAUAACAAUACCCUAUGACUAGUAAUAAGUAGAUUAUAACUUAUGCCAAUGAUAUAAGGAUGGAGCGUACGGAUUUGAGUUUUAGAUCGAUCACAAAAGUUUUGGAAACAAAAUUGUGCACAAUUUUUAUUUCAUUUUUUACAAUUUUUAGAUUUGGCUUCAAAUUUUUUAACAGAUUACAACCCUUUAAUUUUGGCAUUUAAUAGUUUAAAUCAAAUAUUUUUUUUGUCAGUUCCAGUUCCCGUUCAAAGAAAUUAUAUCUUUAUAAUCUAUAAACAAGUAAUGGUUUGGCUAUAGAAUUUGUUUUAGUAGUAAAUUCUUACAAAAUAAGGAUACACGUUAUAGGACAAUUCAUACUCGAUUAAAUUCACAUUCUUAAACCUAAAUUUCUGUAAAAUGAUGGAGCCUGUUAACAUUUACAAAAUUAAAGAAUAGGUAUAAACAAGGGUCAAAUUCGAUUGAUAGUUUAUUUCUUAACAACAAAAUAACUUAAAACAUUAAUAAUUUAGAAAUAUGUUAUUUUGAUAGUACUUAGUUUAAAUAAUAAGUAUAUUUGUUUCUCUAAAUUUUCUAAAUAUGUUAGAGAAAACUCUUAUUAACGGUCAGAUUUUAUUUAACGUUAAACUGCAUUAAUUAAUUUGUUAUGUUCUUAGUUUGUGUUUGAGUGUUUAAUCUCUUAUAAAUUUGAGACAAAAUUUCAUUCUAAAAUACCAAAUACAAACAUUUUAAUAUAUUAUAUUAAUAACAUUUGCCACUUAUUUUGAAAGUAUUUGCAAAAUGGCUCACACUUCCUCCCGAACUACUAUCGUAUUCAUUGUUGUUGCUUUGGUUUGUGCAUUCGUUCCUGCAUUCUCUGUAGAAGAAGCUGAAGCAAAAUCACUAUGGGAUACAUGUCUUCUUAAAAUCAGUCCAAAAUGUGCGUUGGAUAUAAUUGGUGUUGUCUUUGAAAAUUUAACCAUCACUGAUGCAUGCUGUCAUGAUCUUGUUCAAGAAGGAAAAAUGUGUCACGAUACUCUUAUCAAAUAUAUUGCUGAGAAGCCACACUUAGUUGCCCACGAAACAGAGUAUUUGACGAAAAGUGAUGCUUUGUGGACUCAUUGUGUCUCAAUUUCGCAAACUGCUUAAUAAUAUAUUAUGCAUGUAUUGUUCUGAUUAAAAAAAAUUGUAUUCAACUAUCCUUAAAUUUUCUUUGAUCAAAAAUCGUGGAUCAAACAACAUGCAAUAUAAAACGACCAUCAAGUGAAUCUCAUUCUAAAUGAAUCAAUACAAAUAUUAACUCAGCUGAAAAACAAUGCGCUAUCCAUACAAGAUUGUUAAACUAAUAACAAAACAUAUAUGAAUAAUUUCAAAAAAUAUUGCUUAAUUAGUUUGAUUUAACGUAUCUUUAAUUUUAAAAUUUAAUUUUCAUCUAAGAUGUCAAUCAUUAUUUUUACAUACUGAAAAAUAUCUUGAUAAUUUAAAACAAGAAGCUUAAAAAAUAUCUAAUGUUUCCCCUUUGAAACCUUAGAGUUUAAUAGUACAUGCUAAAAUAAUGACUUGGGAAAAACAAUAUUUUGAAUGCUCAUGUUGUCGACGAUUUUGUAAAUACGAUCAUUUAUAAAGAAAAUAAUGAGACUGGAUGUAAUCACGCAAAAUAACAAUACCCUAUGACUAGUAAUAAGUAGAUAAUAACUUAUGCCAAUGAUAUAAGGAUGGAGCGUAUGGAUUUGAGUUUUAGAUCGAUCACAAAAGUUUUGGAAAACAAUUGUGCACAUUUUUUAUUUCAUUUUUUACAAUAUUUAGAUUUGGCUUCAAAUUUUUUAACAGAUUACAACCCUUUAAUUUUGGCAUUUAAUAGUUUAAAUCAAAUAUUUGUUUUGUCAGUUCCAGUUCCCGUUCUAAGAAAUUAUAUCUUUAUAAUCUACAAACUAGUAAUGGUUUAGCUAUAGAAUUUGUUUUUGUAGUAAAUUCUUACAAAAUAAGGAUACGCGUUAUAGGAAAAUUCAUACUCGAUUAAAUUCACAUUCUUAAACCAAAAUUUCUGUAAAAUGAUGAAGCCUGUUAACAUUUACAGAAAAUAAAGAAUAGGUAUAAACAAGGGUUAAAUUCGAUUGGUAGUUUAUUUCUUAACAACAAAAUAACUUAAAACAUUAAUAAUUUAGAAAUAUGUUAUUUUGAUAAUACUUAGUUUAAAUAAUAAGUACAUUUGUUUCUCUAAAUUUUCUAAAUAUGUUAGAGAAAACUCUUAUUAACGGUCACAUUUUAUUUAACGUUAAACUGCAUUAAAUGAUUUGUUAUGUUCAAUUGAAAAUACGUUUAGUUUGUGUUUGAGUGUUUAAUCUCUUAUAAAUAUGAGACAAAAUUUAAUUAUAAGAUACCAGUUACAAACAUUUUAAUAUAUUAUAUUAAUAACAUUUGCCACUUAUUUUGAAAGAUUGGCAAAAUGGCUCACACUUCCUCCCGAACAACUAUCGUAUUCCUUGUUGUUGCUUUGGUUAGUGCAUUCGUUCCUGCAUUCUCGGUAGAAGAAGCUGAAGCAAAAUCACUAUGGGAUACAUGUCUUCUUAAAAUCAGUCCAAAAUGUGCGUUGGAUAUAAUUGGUGUUGUCUUUGAAAAUUUAACCAUCACUGAUGCAUGCUGUCAUGAUCUUGUUCAAGAAGGAAAAAUGUGUCACGAUACUCUUAUCAAAUAUAUUGCUGAGAAGCCACACUUAGUUGCCCACGAAACAGAGUAUUUGACGAAAAGUGAUGCUUUGUGGACUCAUUGUGUCUCAAUUUCGCAAACUGCUUAAUAAUAUAUUAUGCAUGUAUUGUUCUGAUUAACAAAAAUUGUAUUCAACUAUCCUUAAAUUUUCUUUGAUCAAAAAUCGUGGAUCAAACAACAUGCAAUAUAAAAUGAACAUCAAGUGAAUCUCAUUCUAAAUGAAUCAAUACAAAUAAUAACUCAGCUGAAAAACAGUGCGCUAUCCAUACAAGAUUGUUAAACUAAUAACAAAACAUAUAUGAAUAAUUUCAAAAAUAAUUGCUUAAUUCGUUAGAUUUAACGUAUCUUUAAUUUUAAAAUUUAAUUUUCAUCUAAGAUGUCAAUCAUUAUUUUUACAUACUGAAAAAUAUCU